UAAAAGGGAAGGCAACCUUUCCUUUCUUGAACACACAACUAUGUCUCUCUCUCUCUUUAAAAUUACUUUCUCCAAUUAGUUUAGUGCCUUUUGGUAGCUGUGUGAGAUCAGUUCAGACCUAAAACACCACUCGGAGAAGAAAAUGUGAAAGUUAUGGGUUGAUGAUUUUUGGAGGGUGAAGAAUGGCGAGAGAGAAGAUCAAGAUCAAGAAGAUUGAUAACGUAACGGCCAGGCAAGUCACCUUCUCUAAGAGGAGGCGAGGUCUCUUUAAGAAGGCUGAAGAGCUUUCUGUUCUCUGUGACGCCGAGGUUGCUCUCAUCAUUUUCUCAGCUACUGGCAAGCUCUUUGAAUACUGCAGCGCCUCCAGCAUGAAGGACGCAAUUUCAAGGCAUAAUCUGCACUCUAAUAACAUCGGAAAGCUUGACCAACCAGCGCACGAACUGCAGCUGGAAAAUAGCAACGACAUCAGAUUGAGUAAGGAAGUUGCUGAUAAGAGCCAUGAACUACGACAAAUGCAAGGAGAAGAUCUUAAAGGAUUGAAUAUAGAGGAAUUACAACAACUCGAAAAAAUGCUUGAAUCAGGACUUGGGCGUGUUCUUGAAACAAAGAGUGAAAGGAUUAUGAGCGAGAUCUCUUCACUUGAAAGAAAGGGAGCACAACUAUUGGAGGAGAAUAGACAGCUAAAACAGAAGGUGGCCAACUUGUAUAAGGGAAAAAGCCUCGUCCUAGCUGAUUCAGAAAUCGCAAUCCAGGAAGAAGGGUUGUCAUCAGAAUCUGCUACUAAUGUUUGCAGCUGCAGCAGCGGCCCGCCUACAGAGGAUGACAGUUCUGAUACUUCUCUCAAAUUAGGGCUUCCGUUCUCUUGCUGAAUUGGGGAGGACGAAGUGGAUAUCUUCCGAUCGUGGCAUGUGGCCACAUCAAACCUUACAUUCUCCCACAUGGCCUCAUGUCACAAUUUGAAAAAUAUGUAUAGGUGAUUAAUCCGAAUAAGGUCAUAAUAUGAGUUAUAGCAAGUAUUACUUACAUAAAAGCUCAAUACAUGAAUAAUGACGGUCAUAUCCUUUUAAAUUGAAUACUCUUUCGGUUAUUACAAUGCAUGAUAUUUUAUAUAAGU